GAGAGGAAGUCGGCGCCGUCCUGCAGAGUGCAGGCCAACAGAACGACAUAAGCGACAAACUACUAUGGUCACAGGAGUUACUUUCUUGUUUGGGGAAGCGACAGGAGCCUACAUUAAGACCCAAGUUACAGAUGCCAGCUUCCUUCUGGUACAGUGACCUGUCAUUACCUUUUAAGUCUUGACAGACCUGUGGUUUGCAACAAGCAGAUGCUGGAAUGGUGUAAAGGAGGUGCUGUGUAAAGUUCAGUUCCCGCUGGAGCAGCUUCAGAUAUAUGGUGUAAAAAAGAGCGGAUUAUUCCCAUUCCCAGGAGUUCUUUUUCCUGUUCUGUGAGGGCUACUAAAUAACCACAAUGCCGCCUCCUGCUGAUACAGUGAAGGUGGCCAUAGAGUGGCCUGGGGCCUUUCCAAAGCUCAUGGAGAUAGAUCAGAAAAAGCCAUUGUCUGCCAUCAUUAAAGAAGUUUGUGAUGGGUGGUCUCUAUCGGGUCAUGAAAGCUAUGCCUUGCAGCAUGCAGAUGGCAAAAAUUCCUACAUUACAGAAAAGAAUCGAAAUGAAAUUAAAAAUGGAGCAAUACUACGAUUAACUACCUCACCGGCACAAAAUGCACAGCAACUUUAUGAGCGGAUCCAGUCCUCAAGUAUGGAUGCAAAAAUGGAAGCACUGAAGGAUCUAGCUAGUUACUCAGGAGACGUCACCUUUGCACAGGAAUUUAUAAACCUAGACGGCAUCACAUUGUUAACACAGAUGAUAGAAAGUGGCACAGAACGAUAUCAGAAAUUACAGAAGAUAAUGAAGCUCUGUGUCGGAGAUAUGCUGUGCCAUACAUUGACUGCAUUUGUUGAACUGAUGGAUCAUGGAAUUGUUUCCUGGGAUACAUUCUCAGUUGCAUUUGUUAAAAAGAUAGCAAGUUUUGUUAACAAAUCUGCGAUGGAUGUUUCAGUAUUGCAAAGAUCCCUAACAAUCUUGGAAUGCAUGGUAUUAAACAGCAAUGAUUUGUAUCAGAAGGUUGCACAAGAGAUAACAAUUGGGCAACUGAUAACUCAUUUGCAAGGGGACGACGGAUAUAUUCAGACAUGUGCCAUUGCACUAAUAAAUGCACUUUUCCUUAAAACCCCUGAUGAAAAGAGACAGCUUGAUUGUGAUGACAGUGUUAACAUCAUUGAUUGUCCUCUUACUGAAAUGGCAAACAUUUUGGCCCAGAAGCAGUUACGUCACAUCAUUCUGUCUAAUGUCAUUCGAUCAAACCGAACCAUAAGUAGAGAGAUGUGUCAUCAGCUUUAUGUUCUACAAGUGCUGACAUUCAACCUUCUUGAAGACAGAAUGAUGACAAAAAUGGAUCCUCAAGAUCAGGCCCAAAGAGAUAUUAUUUUUGAGCUUCGAAGGAUUGCUUUUGAUGUUGAGUCUGAACCCAACAACAGCAGUGGUAACAUUGAGAAAAGAAAAUCUAUGUAUACACGAGACUAUAAAAAGCUUGGAUUCAUUAAUCAUGUAAAUCCAGCUGUAGAUUUUACACAGAUUCCUCCUGGAAUGCUUGCCCUGGAUAAUAUGUUGUACUUUGCAAAGCAUCACCAUGAUUCCUAUAUUAGGAUUGUACUGGAAAACAGUAGUAGAGAGGACAAGCAUGAAUGCCCCUUUGGUCGUAGUAGCAUAGAGCUAACAAAAAUGCUUUGUGAAAUUUUGAAAGUGGGAGAACCACCUGGUGAGACCUGCAAUGACUUCCACCCCAUGUUCUUUACUCAUGAUAGAGCAUUUGAGGAAUUUUUCUGCAUUUGCAUUCAGCUUCUUAACAAGACAUGGAAAGAGAUGAGAGCCACUUCUGAAGACUUCAAUAAGGUUAUGCAGGUGGUGAGAGAGCAGAUCAUGAGAGCACUGAAUGCCAAGCCUAAUUCCCUUGAUCAGUUCAAAAGCAAGCUUCAAAACCUGAGCUAUACUGAAAUCCUGAAAAUUCGUCAGUCUGAAAGAAUGAACCAGGAGGACUUCAGGUCUCCCCCAGUUCUGGAGUUAAAGGACAAGAUAACGCCUGAAAUAAUGGAACUAAUCAAACAGCAGCGCUUAAACAGGCUCAUUGAAGGGACGUGCUUUAGAAAAAUUAGCAACAGAAGACGACAAGACAAAUUAUGGUAUUGCCGGCUUUCACCCAAUCACAAGGUUCUGCACUAUGGAGAUUUAGAGGAAUGUCCCCAAGGAGAAGUUCCACAUGAUUCUCUGCAAGAAAAGCUGCCUGUGGCUGAUAUCAAAGCAAUCGUAACAGGGAAGGACUGUCCACAUAUGAAGGAAAAAGGAGCACAUAAGCAAAAUAAGGAGGUACUAGACUUGGCAUUUUCAAUCCUGUAUGACCCAGAAGAGUCGCUGAAUUUCAUUGCUCCUGACAAGCAUGAAUACUGUAUAUGGACAGAUGGGCUUAACGCUCUCCUUGGAAAAGAUAUGUCAAGUGAACAGACCAGAACAGACCUGGAUACGCUCCUUAGUAUGGAAAUGAAGCUCCGUCUCCUUGACCUAGAGAACAUUCAGAUUCCCGAGGUCCCACCCCCUAUCCCAAAAGAGCCAAGUAACUAUGAUUUUGUUUACGAUGGCAACUGAAGAGCAAAAUAUAGCGGCUUGAACUGGAUAUACUGAAAACUGGACAUGAAAACUAUCCUUAUUCUAUGUUUUUUCUACUUCCAUUCCUUUUGCAGCCCAUUAUUUUUUGCUUUAAAUAUAAUCUUUGACUGAUACCUUAAUAAAUGUUUACUUUAACUACAGUCUGCCUGGUUAGAGUGAAAAAGCCAUGAAAGGUUACAGGCCUCCUACUGUCUCCUCCAUAACCCCAUUGUAAUAAACAGUUUGGGGCGAGUCUUUAGGGAGGCUGUGUUUUAAAAAUGCCACGGAGGACCAGCAAUACUAGGAAAUGCACUUCACAAUUCUUCAGAUUUUUUGUUUGUAAAUAUGAAUUCAGAGAAAACAAUGAAAAUGUAAGUUUCCAACUUCGAUAUGUAAGUUAUGAACUGUUGUAAACCUGAAAAAAGUGGCACUUUUCUUUAGUGUUGCAUUUGGCAGCUAUUUUCUGGAACAUGAAAUGAAGGGCUGGUUAGCAACUGUUGUAAAAUGUCUUAUCAGUUACCUGUAUUUGUAUAGUCCAAUGUCACUGUUUUUCUUGUUGUCCAUUUUUUUUUGCUAAAUUGCAUUGCAGUCUUUUAAAGUAGUUUCAUCUGUCAUCCAUUUCCUAUAGGAAACUGCACAGUUAACCCUCAUUGUAUGUGCAUAUGAGUAUUGCCCAACUCUGUAUGAGGCACUUUGGAUCUUGUGUAAUGUCAGCUGCCAUGGAACAAAGUCCUGCCUGACUUUGAAUGCAUUCCACUGUACAUGAAGUCUCUUCUUGUCAUGGAAUUUGGGGGAAAAUGAAUUUACUAUGUUGUGCUUUCUACAGCCAAAUCUGCUGAAUCUUGCAAUAAGUAGUUAAUGUGAGUGUAAGACAUGCCAUGCAAUACAUCUCUCGAGAGGGCUGUAGUGUGAGUUUACCCUUGGCCAUUUAAAGCAACAAGUGUAUGUUGGUGAUAACUGUACUUUAGAUUGCUUUAGACCACCCCUUAUUUCCUGUUUUGUGUUUCCUUCUGACGUCUGAUUUACUGCAUCUUUUAUACUGUAUAUAAAAUGCAAAUAUGUCCUGCCUCAUGCAGAGUUUUUCCUUAAUAUUGUAUGUCCAUAAACAACUACUCUUAAAGUUUAUUGUUAUCACUUUUCCUGGACCUUUUGGAUGUAUAAAUGAGAUGAAUAUAGUGAAGAUCCUUGUGACAACCUUUUAAAAAGGGGCACACUUAACCAUUUGACAUCAUAUUUUAUUAUCAACCACUCAAGAUUUUUACAGAUUCUUAGCUCCUGUAAAAUUGUUUUAAUGCAAAAAAAAAAUUCAGUUCUCCCUACCUUAAACCAUGCAUGUCCUCCAGAGCCCCAUGUGACCCUUACAGUUUCACCCUGUCUUUCUCAACCAUUUUCAUUAUUCCACAUCAUCCCUUUGGAGACCUUCCUUUCGUGGAUGAGUUUGCAUUUUUUUAAACCCUGUUUCUUGAGAGAGUGGUAUUGGAGGGUGAGAUCCGUGAAGACUGUUCAAUUGUCCUCCACUGCUGGUUGUUUUUUUCUCUUGCAUUACUUCCUGCCCAUUUCAGCCAGCCAGGACACACUGACACAGCAGAGCCUGUUGUGCUGGGAUACAAGUGUAUGCACAUUUCACUAACCCAGCCUUGCUAAUGUGCAUAUGUAGUUCUUUGUGGGCAAAAAGUCCCAUCCUCAAGAUUGAGCAGGGCCCCUCCGUUCAAUAAGUGGGGUUAUGCACUAAGACCUACUCUCUUCCCUUCUACAAUGUUGGGUUAGUGAAUGUCAGCCAUUCACUUACAUCCCUCUCUUGCUUACUGCCGUAGCACCUGACACUAUUAAUCAAACGAGGUUGUCAGGGCCGCAAUCAGUGUGCCUUCCCUCUGCACCAUGCAGCUAGUAUAUUUCUUAUUGUGAAAUUAAAAUGUUAACUUGCUAGUUUCAUUUCAUUGUUUUUUGAUAUAACCAGUUGAAUGCUCUCUGCUUUUAUAUGAAGACUUUAUACAUCUCUUAUUGUGUACAUCUGAGCCAUUAGGUUUGCUUCCUAAAUGGUCAGCUGCUUGGAUUACACUACUUGCUUUGCACUCCCAGAGUGGUGGUUACUUACAGUUUAAUACUUAAUAUUCUUUGUUCACAGGCAAGUACUAAGCUACUACAAGCCUAGCCAGCAACCAGAGGUCAGACUCAAACCUUGUAUCUCUGAGAUAAAGACCUUAACCAUUAUACGAACUCCUCCCUUUAUUGCAUAUUGAAGACUGUGAUGAGUCAUGGGUUUUAGGUGGAAUUCCUAGGAGCAGGGACACGCAUGCUUCUUAAGAUUGUAUUAAUAAAGUGAGCGGACAGUAUUUUGUUAGAGGAAUGACUGAAAUAAAUGCGUGUAUUGGUAUGUUCUAAGGAAUGCUAACAGUCAUUGAACAAAUGAUUCUAAAAACUAAGAGUGGCAUUUAGCCAUCUCUUUUUAAGGGACUGUCAAACCUAUAUUAAAAGAUAAUGAAGUAGAUUGUAGGUUGGAGAAAAGAUGCUAUUUAUCCAGCUAAUAAGGGGCAGCCUAAAGCACAGCAAGGUUAAGAACAUUUUUUCUCCUCAUCUAGUGCUAUUGUUACAUAUGUGCAAGCAAUAAAAAUAACUUUUUUUUCUUCUCAAGCAUUAUGAUAUUGUCGUAGGCUUUUUCCUCAUUCUCUGUACUUGAAUUAAUGCUGUAGGGGUCCACCUAUUAUUCAUUUUUGCUUUACCAGUUUGCUGUGUGGAUAUUGGCUGCACAGUAGAUUCAGUGGAGCUGUCUGUUGUUGCAUAGGUGUUUUUUUUUGUGUUAUAUCCUGACCAUUUUCCUAUCCCUUUGAAAGAUCAUGACUUUACUGUCAGUACAGAAGGCUAUGGGAUGUCUGGUUGUAGUGGCACAUGCAACUCCCCCAGUCAUACUGGGGGGCAUCAGUCAGGCAGCAGAAGUCCUUCCUUUUCUUGGAAUGAGCCAGGUGUUAGCCACACACUUUAUUUAUUUAUUUAUUUAUUUUUAACUCUUGUUGACCAUCUAGCAACCGGGCUGUAAAUUAAACCUGAAUUACCAUCAUAACAGGUGGAUACCUUUGUUAAAAGGGGCAUUUCUUAACAGUUGUUUUAUCUCCUUUUAUUCCCUCCUAAUGCUAAUAGAGAAAGCACACCACUUGGUGUCGGUAAUAAUGAUUCAUUCAACGACAUACUGCAGCAGCUGAUAAGGCAAGGCACUAUGACUUUAAGGAUUCUAAAACAAAUUUGGAGUGGUGAUGAGCAAACAUGGUGAAGAAUAAAGUAAGUUUAACUAAUGAACUGCCAAGCAACCAGUAUUAUAUCAUGUUGUGAUGUUAUAGUAUUGGCAAAGGAAUAGUUUUUGUAUAAUGAAGAAAAUGCUUAUAACUUUUUGGCUACUAUGUAUUUAAAAGAAAAAGAGUAACAUAUAAUGUAUGUAUCUUCCAUUUUUUGGUUGUUUUGGUUAAAAUCAUUUGCCUGGAGAACACUUUUCAAUCUGUUGUUUACAAUUAAAUUUUGAUUAUA